AUGUGGCUUGUUAGUUUGGAUAGGCUCCCAACUCGAAACAACUUGGCUUAUAAAGGUAUGGAUAUGCCGUCUAUUCGCUGCCCCUUGUGUGAUAACUUUGUUGAGACUUGUGAUCAUGUUUUUGAUUCAUGUGAGUUCGCUUCUUAUGUACGGGCGGGUGUCUCUAAUUGGUUACAAAUUGUUCUUUUGGCUUUGCAUGGACCAGCCGAGUUAUUACACUUGGUUGAUACGAUGCAGAUUUCUAUGGAAAAAAAACGUGUUGUCGAAGCUAUUGUCUUUUGUGGGUGUUGGUCUAUUUGGAAAUUCCGUAAUGACAAGGUGUUCAACAAGGGGAAACAAAGAAAGGAGUACAUCAUCGAUAACAUCAUUGUUUAUUCAUACUUGUGGUUAUCUAAUAGAACUAAAAAGAAAUACAUGUCGUUGGUGGAGUGGCUUUCCAUUCCCCUGUCUUUCGUUUAG